AUGCUUCCUCUCUUCAACAAAGUACUUCCUCUCUUGAUCAAGAUGCUUCCUCUCUUCAACAAAGUGCUUCCUCUCUUCUUCAAAGUACUUCCUCUCUUGAUCAAGAUGCUUCCUCACUCCAUCAUGCAGCUUCCUCUCUUCUUCAAAGUGCUUCCUCUCUUGAUCAAGGUGCUUCCUCUCUUCAUCAAGAUGCUUCCUCUCUUCAACAAAGUACUUCCUCUCUUGAUCAAGGUGCUUCCUCUCUUCAUCAAGAUGCUUCCUCUCUUCAUCAAGAUGCUUCCUCUCUUCAACAAAGUGAUUCCUCUCUUCUUCAAAGUACUUCCUCUCUUGAUCAAGAUGCUUCCUCACUCCAUCAUGCAGCUUCCUCUCUUCAUCAUGCAGCUUCCUCACUACAUCAUGCAGCUUCCUCUCUAA